GGCGCUCGAAAGAUUUAGGGCUUUCCAGCGAUGGCGCACAGCAGCUGCGCGGCAUUCUCAGGUUUGAAUUGCCCUUGGGAGUUGUCGCGGCGCCGCUUGGCUAUCGCCGCCACGCCGCCCGGCAGCGGCGCCAGCGAGCUCCAGACGAGGAUGAAAUCGCCGCCGGCGGUAGAGACCAGCUUCUGGCAAUGGCGCGAUUACAACAUUCGCUACCAGCGCGCUGGAGCGGCGGGGCCGGCGCUGGUUCUCAUCCACGGAUUUGGCGCAAAUUGUGAUCACUGGAGGAAGAACAUUCCAGUGCUGGCAGAGCGUCACAGGGUUUAUGCGAUCGAUUUGCUUGGCUAUGGCUACUCGGACAAGCCGAGUCCACGACAAGCUCAGCCCGGCAACUUUUAUACGUUCGAGCUCUGGGCAAGCCAAGUUCUAGAUUUCUGCUCUGACGUCGUCCAGGACAAAGUGUUCCUCGUCUGUAAUUCCGUUGGUGGAAUAGUUGGCCUUGAAGCAGCAUUGACUCGCCCACCUAGCAUCAAAGGACUCCAAUUGAUAAACAUUUCCUUGCGCCUACUUCACAUAAAGAAACAAGCGCGGCUUGCUCGGCCAUUCAUUAAGGCAUUCCAGGAUCUCUUGAGACAAACAGCUGUUGGAAAAGUGUUCUUUAAGUCCGUCGCUACUCCAGAGACUGUGAAGAAAAUCCUCUGUGAGUGCUACCACGAUGACUCUGCCGUGACUGACGAGCUCGUCGAGAUUAUCCUGCGACCGGGCCUCGAGAGUGGCGCGGCCGACGUGUUUCUGGAUUUCAUUGGCUACUCUGGCGGACCUUUGCCGGAAGAAAUGCUUCCCAGAGUCCAGUGUCCCGUUUCGAUACUCUGGGGUGAGAAAGAUCCCUGGGAGCCGGUUUUGCUGGGACAAGCAUACAGGAACUACGAGGCAGUGGAGGAGUUUAUAGUUCUUCCAAAUGCUGGCCACUGUCCACAGGACGAAACUCCAGAACUUGUUAAUGAGCUGGUGGAAAAAUUCGUUAGUCGGCACGAUCAUUCGUCACAAGCAGCGUGAGCGAGAGUACGAUCGAAGCUCGCGAACUCACGAGUAUAUUACGCUUGUCAGAUCUUGAGAACCAAGAAACAAGUUGACGGUA